AUGCCCAUCUUCAGCGGCCUUGGCCAGCGACGAGGGUCCAAACCCCGCGAACUGCACAUCCGAAAGAUUUCAUUCUCUGGCUGCUCACUUUCCUCGGCUUCCGACCGGUCAUUCUCUUCAGACUCAUCAUCAUCCACUCUGCGCGCACAUACGCCUCGUCUGGCAACCAGCUCCGGCACUGCUUCCAGCUUCGACGGACUCUCUAUUCACUCAACUUACCCACCCAAGCGACUGCAUGACCGGCCAUUUAUCCUGUCUGAUCGGCAACACUUUGAGUCGGCGCCGACAUUCUACGACAGCGAAGAUGCCGAGAGCAGCGACCUGGAAGCCUCUGAGAGAGACUUUGAUGGCGAGGAUGAGGAUCAGACACAGUUCACCAUGGAGUUACCUCAUGCCAGCCCUGUGAGCAACCAUGACUACGAUGCCACAGAAGAGCCACAUGAUUACUUCUUCAUGCACAUCACAAGCAGACCGAAGCCAGCAAACCAAUCUCGCUGGUCCGACUCUACUAUUGCAUCCACCAUUGCCUCACUGGAUGACCUCACUCCUGUGUCAAGCAUGUCUGAGCCCACUUCAGCCGCUAUUGCCGAUGCUGAAGAGGCCGAAGCUGCUGGCGCAUCUACCCCUAGCUCAUUAACCUCCGCCGCCCCCGUCCCCAAGAGGCCAACAUAUAAGCCUGUCGACAGCUUUGACGACUACGUCAGGCGCGGGGGCUGGAAGCGAAGAGGCAUCGUCUUCAACCGCGAAGACAUGGACACUUUUGAAUCCCGAUGAUGCAUCGGCAUAACACUACAACAUCAACCACCAUUUCCUAUCAGUAUCCAUCUUCACUUCGUGGCAUAUAUUUUUUAUCAUUAUAAGCGUUUUAACUCCAACAUUCAGCGUCUGCACUUUAGCACACUAUGCACACAAAGACCUCAGAGUCUACAACAUCUCUUUUUGUUUUAUUUAUUUUGUUUACGGAAAGGAUUUCUAUGGGAUAUUUGGCACGGCCUUGGAUUAUGGCUACACACUAAAGAGAAUCAACGUUUGCAUCACUGCAUUUUCAUAUCAACGUUUGAUAUUUGGGACUUUUGGAACGAGGCGACGGCCGGGAAGGGAUUGAUUGGCAUUGGAUACCCGAGGGGGGUGGACCCUACAACACCACGACUACCAACUGCAACAAUACGUCCAUCAUUUGAAUUUUUUCUUUUUUGUCUACAUUUUCAUAGCUUAGCUACAUACAUACUCACAAGGGCAAUAGUCCCUGACAAAUCAUUGCUCUAAAUCUAUAUCAAUACAAGAGCAUAAACAACCAACGUCAUUGAUGCCCGCUUCCGCUGUGACUUGAAAAAUUUUUUCGCUUUCGCCUUUCUCGUUUUUAGCUUGGCACUCGGUUUGGCUGCCGCCCGGCACGCACAUGAGGCUUGGCCUUUCCAGCUGGACAGGGUAUCUCGUCGUCAUUGACUCUCCACCCCAGCUCUGGGCAAACGGCAUAUCGGCACAUGCCGGCAAUAGAGUCAGCGUGCAGUGUGCAGUAAAAAACCACCAAAAAAAAAAGGUACGAGUUGCCGGGCCACGCGACAUGCCCCUGGCUAGCUUACGGUUUUUUUUUUUUUUUUUUCCCCAGCCAAGACUUUUUUUUUUUUUUCCAACAUCGUGACUUGGACUGGGCGAGGCUCGGCAACACCGCCCCAUGUUUGAAGGGGGACCAGGCCGG